CAGAGCCAGCGAGAGAGAGGAAAAACAGAGUGAGGGAAAAGACGACGAAAAACAGAGCGAGAGACGAUCUGAGACAGAGAGGGAGAGAGACGAACUGUGACAGAGAGAGAGACGAUCUGCGAGAGGGAGAGGCGAACUGCGAAGAGAGACGAAAAGCACAGAGAGAGAGAGAGACGACCUUCGAAGUGAUGAAAGAAGGAGGACAUACCUCGAUCUAGGGCUUCAACUUCACCCUCUUGAGCUUCAACAUGUUAAGUCAAUAAUUGCAAAGAGGGGGAAGAAAAAAAGGAACAGCGGAAAGGAACCAAAACAAAACAAAGCAAGACAAACAACAAUAUCAAAGGAGACAACAUGAUGAAGCUGGGAGCAAGUUCACGUAUACAUAGAAGUAAUUGCUAACAGGAAGAGGAAUCUGUGAACCUUCUAGGGAUUUUGGUCGGUAGCAUAAUUUAUGGUUGAUCUUUAUUUUGCUCUGUUAUUGUUGAUUUGCAUGUUCAUGGACUAUGCGACCCCGUGGAUUGGCAAUUUGGCACCUAUGCUGAACUCAGGAGAUUGAAGCAGAUAGGUGGUCUUGCGAAUCAAACUUAUCCAAACUGAGCAAUUUGAUAUUGCUGAGAUGGGAAGAGAAAUUUAACAAUUGUCCUCACUGCUGAAAAAUUGAACCAUGUCCUAACCACUGAUCCAUCUGCACUCCCUGGGGCGGAUGCCACUGAUGAACAACGUGAGGCUGCUAGGAAGUGGCAUGAGGCGGACGAUGUUGCAAAAUGCUACAUAUUGGCCUCAAUGACCAAUGUGCAUGAGGGUGUUCCUACUGCAAAAGACAAGAUGGUUAACUUGAAAGAAAUGUGUGGAGAACAGAGCAGAAGUGCACACCAAAUGAAAGGUUUGAUGUCCACCAAAAUGGUGGAAGGUACUCUAGUAUGGGAACGUGUUCUGAAAAUGAUAUCUUUCAUUAACAUACUGGAAACUUUGGGUGCAGAUGUUGAUAGUGAAACUAAAAUUGAUGUGAUCCUUUCAUCUUUACCAGAUUUUUAUAAUCAGUUUAUUUUGAAUUACAAUAUAAAUAAGAUGAUUGUUGCACCAUCAGAGUUGCUCAAUAUAUUGCAAGUAGCAAAGGAUCUUAUUAAAAAGAGCCAACCCACUGUGUUGAUCAGUGAGAAGGAAGGUCCUAGAAAAUUCAAGCCAAAGGGCAAGAAUAAUUUUAAUAAGAAAUCUAUGGGCUCUAAGUUCUCUGGAAAAACACAAGGUGUUUUUAAAAAGAGCAUAGAUAAAAAGAAAAGCAAAGAAAAUUGUUUCCAUUGCGGAAAGCCUGGCCAUUGGAAGAGAAAUUGUCGUCAUUAUUUGACGACAUUGAAAAAGGACAAACCUUCGGAAGGUACGUCAAAUUUGCUUGUUAUUGAAACCAAUUUAUUGAUUGGUCCUCCUAAUGCUUGGUGUGUAGACUCUAGUGCGACCUCACAUAUUUGCAGUAUGUUGCAGGGGUUCAAGGAGACCAGAAGGCUUAAGGAAGGGAAGAUGCUAAUAAAGUUGGGAAUAAGUGCAACAGUUGCUGCAGUUUCUAUAGGAACUUUUUAUUUGGAAUUAUCAUUUAAUAGGACUCUAGUUUUAGAAGAUUGUCUAUUUGUGCCAAACAUUUGUGGAAAUUUAAUUUUUGUUUCAAAGUUAAUUUCGUUGGGAUAUUGUUUUUUCUUUUCUUCGAAAGUUGUUAUUAAGCACAAUAAUAAAUUUGUGGAUUCUGGCAUUUUAAUAGACGGCCUUUAUUUUAUUAGUCCUAUUGAUAAUUCUAUUAAUUGUGUUAGGUAUGAUACAUCCACUAGUAUGUUACCCUUGAAAAGGAAAAGGGAUGUUAAUCAAACUUACAUGUGGCACUCUAAACUUGGUCAUAUUAAUUUAGAACGUCUAAAUAGAUUGGUCAAGGAUGGGCGUUUAGAUUUUUUGAAAAUUGAGCCUUAUCCAAUUGGUGAGCCCUACUUGCAAGGAAAAAUGACUAAAAUUCCAUUUCUAGGAAAAGGAAUUAGAGCCACAGAAGCUUUGGAAUUAAUACAUAGAUGUUUGUGGUCCAAUAAAUCACAUGGCAAGAGGUGGUUUUUACCAUUUCAUUACAUUCACCGAUAAUUAUUCUAGAUAUGGUUAUUUGUACCUAAUGAAACAUAAGUCUGAAUCCUUUGAAAAGUUCAAGAAAUUUCGUAGUGAAGUAGAAAAGCAACUUGGAAAAAGCAUCAAAGCUCUUCGAUCAAAUCGUGGGAGAGAAUACCUUUUAGAUGAUUUUUGAAUUAUUUAAAAAAGAAUGGUAUCAUAUCUCAAUUAAUCCCCACGGGCACACCACAAAAUAAUGGGGUGGCUAAAAGAAGAAAUAGAACCUUAUUAGCUAUGGUUCGUUCAAUGAUGAGCAUAUCAGAACUGCUAAUUUCCUUUUGGGGAUUUGCAUUAGAAACUACUAUUUAUUUGUUAAAUAGAGUUCCUACUAAAUCAGUUCCUAAAACUCCAUAUGAAUAA